UUUGUCGCUUUAAACGCAUGUGAACUAACCGGCAGGAGGAGUGCAUCCUUUUCAUUUUACGAAAGAUCGUCGUCGCUCUAACUUAACCUCAUCAUCUUUUUCGAAUUAAUUUCAAUAACAGGUGAGCCAUGCCAUCCGUACCCUCCAGUACAGACAAUGGUGGCCUGGCCCAAAUCUGCCCUCAUGCUGCCAAGAUGAUGCUCCUCGGGGGUGACGCCAAAGCCAACGGGGAGGCCAUCUUAAACGGUGACGCCAAAUUGAAGAUGGCCGCCAUGAACGGAGAGAACGGUCAUCACACGUCCAAUGGACACGCGAACGGAGAAGGCAACGGCCAGUCGCACGCGGAGCUGGGCGGCGAGGACGAGAACGGAGAGGAGGGACCGAUGGAGAGGAAGUGGAUCAGGCCCGACCUGCCCAGCAGAUGCACCUGGAGACUCGGAGGCCCCAACGUGGGGAACCCUCACCACCACAUGGAAAGGACAAAGGCUCCCAGUAUUCUUCCAAACAUCUUGAGAAGAAUUGGAGACACUCCUCUUGUCCGUAUCAACAAGAUCUCUAAGGCCUUUGGCUUGAAGUGUGAGCUUUUGGCAAAAUGCGAGUACUUCAACGCCGGCGGCAGUGUAAAGGACCGCAUCAGCCUGCGCAUGGUGGAGGACGCCGAGAGGGAAGGCCUCCUCAAACCCGGCGACACCAUCAUCGAGCCCACUUCCGGCAACACGGGCAUAGGUCUGGCUCUGGCGGCCGCCGUGAAGGGCUACCGCUGCAUCAUCGUCAUGCCAGAGAAGAUGAGCAUGGAGAAGGUGGACGUACUGCGCGCUCUGGGCGCCGAGAUCGUCCGCACUCCCACCGCCGCUCGCUUCGACUCCCCGGAGUCUCACGUGGGCGUGGCCUGGCGGCUGAAGAACGAGAUCCCCAACGCCCACAUCCUGGACCAGUACCGUAACCCCAGCAACCCCCUGGCCCACUACGACACCACCGCCGAGGAGAUCCUGGAACAGUGCGACGGGAAGGUGGACAUGUUUGUGGCAGGAGCUGGCACCGGCGGCACCAUCACUGGCAUUGCCCGCAAGCUGAAGGAGCGAUGCCCCAACAUCAAGAUUAUUGGUGUGGACCCCGAGGGCUCUAUCUUGGCAGAACCGGAGGAGCUGAACGUCACCGAUAAGACCCAGUACGAGGUGGAGGGCAUUGGCUACGACUUCAUCCCAACUGUGCUGGACCGAUCGGUGAUCGAUGGCUGGUACAAAUCGAAUGACGACGAGUCUUUCGCCAUGUCGCGCAUGCUCAUCCGAGAUGAAGGACUCCUGUGUGGAGGCAGCUCUGGGACGGCCAUGGCUGCGGCGGUGAACGUGGCCAAGGAGCUGAAGGAGGGCCAGCGCUGUGUGGUCAUUCUGCCGGACUCCAUUCGCAACUACAUGUCCAAAUUCCUCAGUGACAAGUGGAUGUGUGACAAGGGCUUCCUGAGAUACGAAGACCUGAUGGUGAAGAAACCUUGGUGGUGGAACCUGACGCUGCAGGUGCUACACCUGUCGGCUCCUCUGACCGUCCUCCCCACCGUCACCUGUCAGAAGACCAUCAAGAUCCUGAAGGAGAAGGCCUUCGACCAGGCCCCAGUGGUGGACGAGACCGGGGUGAUCCAGGGCAUGGUCACUCUGGGGAACAUGCUCUCCUCCGUGCUGGCCGGGAAGGUCAGGCCAUCGGACCCUGUGAGCAAGGUUCUGUACAAGCAGUUUAAACAGGUGCGGCUGACUGAUAACCUGGGCAAACUCUCUCGUAUCCUGGAGACUGAUCACUUCGCCCUGGUGGUGCACGAACAGAUCCAAUCCGAGUCUGAGGCCUGCCACUCUAGUCCAGCGACUCCGUCCACCGAGCCCUGCAUGGUCACUGGGCAGUGCUCAGAGGACAUGACCGACGGCUCGCCAAAGCUCAAGCAGAUGGUGUUCGGGGUGGUGACGGCCAUCGACCUGCUCAACUAUGUGACCACGCGGGAGCGGAGGGAGCGGUCGCUGUCGGAGUGCUCCAUGACCAGCAUGGAUGAGCAGCAGUGACCACGCGUACGCAGCACCUUCUGAUGUUCUGCAUUUUGACUGAUCAGACCUUUUCUGCAUAUUUCCUCUUUUGUUACACGUCAUACAUUCUUGCACUAUGACAAGUGUUUUUUUUUUGUUCAGCUUGGGAAAAAAUCAGUCAGUACUACCAAAAAAUUACUAUAUUACUGUUUAGUUGAGAAUGUGUAUAGAUAUAUGAUGUGAUUCAUCAUCGUUUACUUUGCCUUGCGUCAUAAUAAGGGUUCUUUGGCCAGCAAAAUCUCGCAGUCUCCUCUCGUUGUUGUUCAUAACGUCAGCAUUUCAUUCUUUCAUGAGUACUACAUUUAUAACAGGGUGCGCAGUAGAUUUAGUGAACCAAAGCCUAGUACCUGAGCAGACGCACACAUAAUCCCAUUGAAAGGUGUACAUAUUUGAUACUUGGGACUUACAAAUAUCUGUCAUAUUGUUUAUGAGGCCAUGCGAAGGCCAUGUCCCAGCUCACACUUCAUUUCAGUUCAUACUUCACAGAAAACAAAUUCCCAACUGGCAUUCAUUCAGGGUUGUGCUGCCACCUAGUGACAGAAAAAAGGUAGUACAGGUAUUGGUCAAGUGUGAUGGACAGUGUUGAGGAUUUGGCUUCACCAAGUCCUUUGAAUGGGCAAGUACUAAGGUGUGUUUGGCAGACACCAAACAGCUCCCAACCAGGGUGACUUGUGUUGGUUAAUUUCUUUCUUGUAUUGACACAAGAUCUUUUAAAAAGUGUAUUAGUUUUGAUGGGUGUAUUUAAAGAAGAGGAUUUGAGGUUCGGUUUAUACAGACAGAUCUUUUAUAGAGAUCUCCAUGUAUGAAACAGUUUUUCUUUUUUUUUGAAGGGGGGUGGGGGUGUGGGGGGGUUAUUUUCUUACUCUUACAAUGUACGGUAUUGACUACAUGUAAAUGAAUAAAAGUAUCUGAAAUUUGAUGGAAUAUGUAAUUUCUUGAAUUAUAGGAGGUGAAAUACAGAGUUAUUGAGAUUAAAGAAAUGGAAACUUAUGGACAAAUGAUAUAUGCUUUAAGGACUUGAUUUUUUUUCCAUGUUUUUUUUUCCAUCUUUUUGCUUUGUAGUUGAUGCUUGUGUGUAAACCAAUGUAAGUACUUUAGUUUAAUGUUUUGUGUACCAAUGUCUCCCAUGCCUUUUGUAAUUGCAAUGCAUAAGUUUGCUUCAAAUAAAGAUUUUUUCCCCUCGGA